GCCUGAAGCGUGCAGCAGAGAAGACGCCUGGUGUGUACAGUACAUGAAGUAUAUAGCAGAGAAGACGCCUGGUGUGUACAGUACAUGAAGUAUAUAGCAGAGAAGACGCCUGGUGUGUACAGUACAUGAAGUAUAUAGUAGAGAAGACGCCUGGUGUGUACAGUACAUGAAGUAUAUAGUAGAGAAGACGCCUGGUGUGUACAGUACAUGAAUCUAUAGGACCCCCUGCACAUUAUGAUGAGGACAGUACUGCUGGUGGUUGUGGUCCUCCUCACCUCAAGUGUGGUCUUGGGGCUGGAAGGUCUCCUGUCUUGUCCAGGGGGUGAGCGGAUGGUUUCCUUCCCGCAGGACAGCAUCGGUGCUCUUCCUUGCUUAUUCUCUCCUCUGAGAGUCUCAGACCAGCUGAUGAGAGUCUCGUGGCAGAAGGAACAUAAGAUGGAGGACUUAGUCGUCCACUUCCAGAAUGGGAAGGACACGGGCGACAAGCAGAAUGCUAUAUUCAAGGGCCGUACUACAAUAUCCAACAACUGGUUUGCAGAUGGCAAUGCCACCCUGACCUUAGCUGACCUGACGGAGGACGACGCCGGCAGAUAUUCUUGUUGGAUCACCGAGUAUCCGAUCCGGCCCGGACGACAAGUCAGAUGUUGUGUGGUGACGCUACACAUUUUUGACCGACUGUUGAUACAGAAGAACAAGUCACAUGGUGAUGACGUCUCCCAUUCUAUCCUGGACCAGGUCCUGGCCGUAUGUUUUUGUGUUCUGGUCCUCGCACUAUUAUGUUUCCUUCCAUUUUUUAUACACAAAAAUUUUUAUGCUAAAUCAAAAUUUACCUUCAGCUUAUGACCAAUAGAUGGCGCUAUGUCUACCCUGGAGCUGACGUCAAAAGGACUGAACGGCGCCCCCUUCAGUGUGCGAAUUAUUAGUAAAAUCUGGCGACACAAGACUCCUCUUCCACAUCUUCUUCCAGUCAGCGGUGGUCCUACAGCAAAUUGUAUUUUUCUAUAUUUAUGAACGACUUCACCGCACGAUGUGUCCAAAAUCUGAACAAUUGUACAAUUAUUUACUUCUUAACAGAAAAAUGUGAAUGAAUAGUGGCCGACUGUGAUUUGGCUUUUCUGUUAUAUUUUCUAUUGUCUUUUUAAAUAUAAAUAAUAUAUA